UCCAAUACAUGCUGUAUUCUGUAGACGACACCCACCAGGCCGAGUUAUAUCCUUCGCGCGAGCUACACGUCGACAUUGAAACUGCAUAUUCCUGGACUAGUGACUUGUCCCAGUACGAGACAAAGGCAGCCCGUGAUGUCCUUCACCUCGAUCCCCAUCCUGGAUCUUGCCCUGGCCCGGGAUCCAGCUACCAAGCCACAGUUUCUGUCGGAGCUUCGACAUGCGCUGAUGGAGGUCGGGUUCCUCUACCUGAAGAACGUGGGCAUCUCGGAUGAGCUCUUCAACAAGGUGAUCGAGGAGGGGCGGGCCUUCUUUGACAUUCCCACAGAAGAGAAACUUAAGAUCGAAAUGAAGAAUGCGCCCUCGUUCCUGGGGUACUCGCGUCUUUCGGCCGAAGUCACGGCCGGCGCGAUCGACCACCGGGAGCAGAUUGACCUCUCCACGGAGCAUCCGCUGCCGGGUCCGGAUGCACCCCGAUACUACAACCUGCGGGCGCCGAACCAGUGGCCGUCUCCCGAAGUCCUGCCCAACUUCCGGCCCGUCUUUACCGAGUACAUGAAGCGCAUGGGCGACAUCUCCAUCUACUUCACCAGCCUGAUCGCCGAGGCCAUCGAGCUGCCGAGCGACGCCUUCAACAAGUACUUUGAUGCCGACCAGCAGCACAAGCUCAAGAUCGUCAAGUACCCAGACGUGGGCGAGCUAGGAGCCGAGGGCAAAGAGGGGAACCAGGGUGUCGGCCCUCACAAGGAUAGCAUGCUCACAUCCUACCUCCUCCAAGCCUCCCCGCACCGCGGCCUGCAGGUGCAAAACAUGCAUGGCGACUGGGUCGACUGCCCGCCGGUGCCCGGCACGCUGGUGGUCGCCAUCGGGCAGGGGCUCGAGGCGCUGACGGGGGGCGUGUGCGUGAGCACGACGCACCGCGUGCUGUCGCCGCCGGCGGGCGCGGGCGCGCGCUACUCGAUCCCCUUCUUCCAGGGCGUCAGCGGCGACGCGGCCUUCGACGAGCUCGAGGCGGUCGGCGUGGGCCGCGUGCCGGAGCACGUGCGCGAGGAGCGGCGGCGCGUGCUGGCGCGCAACGGCGGGCGGCGGCUGGACGACGUCGAGUUCACCUUCCGGACGGGCGGCGCGGCGAGGACGCUCGGCGAGGCCACGCUGCGGAACCGCGUUAAGAGCCAUCCGGAUGUGGGCGAGCGGUGGUAUCCGGAUAUCUUGGCCAGCUUGAGGGAGGAGCAGGCGAGGCUGGCGGCGAGGGAGCGGAAGAAGGAAAAGGAAAAGGAAAAGGAGCAGGGCAGCGCGGGGACAGGGGCGGGCGGUGGUGAUGUGCGGCCUUCCGUGAGCUCGAAGGAGGUGGAGGCGCACUAGGGGAAGAGUGAUUCGGAUGCCAAUCUCUCCGUUUCAGCAUCAAGGCAAGCAGCCCAACCAAGCAAGAAAGCAAGCAUCCAUUCCGAUUGGGAGUUGAACAGCAACAUGUUGGCCAUACUCUCGGUCGCUCGCCUAUCCAAAACCU